AUGAAGGCAAAUGUAAUUUUUUGUCUCUUGGCGCCACUUGUAGCCGCGCUACCAACCGAGUUCAUUCAACUGGAACCUAACCUUGCAGCACGUCGUGUUAACAUUACAGAGCGAAUGGCUGACUUAGAGGAUCGACAAGCUUCUGUCAGCAUUGAUCAGCUUUUUAAAAAAAAAGGCAAAGUCUAUUUCGGAACUGCCACUGAUCGUGGCUUACUUCAACGAGAACGAAAUGCGGCUAUUAUCCAGGCUAAUUUUGGCCAAGUGACGCCAGAGAAUAGCAUGAAAUGGCAGUCGCUUAACCCUAAUCAAGGCCAGUACAACUGGGCAGAUGCAGAUUAUCUCGUCAACUUCGCUCAACAAAACGGUAAGACCAUACGUGGUCAUACUCUCGUUUGGCAUUCACAGCUGCCUAGUUGGGUCAACAACAUCAACAAUGCAGAUACUCUGCGCCAGGUUAUCCGUACUCAUGUUCUUACCGUUGUUGGGCGAUAUAAAGGGAAGAUUCGCGCCUGGGACGUAGUCAACGAGAUUUUUAACGAGGAUGGAACACUGCGCUCUUCUGUGUUUUCUAGGCUGCUAGGCGAGGAGUUUGUUUCAAUUGCCUUUCGUGCUGCUCGUGAAGCUGAUCCUUCCUGUCGCCUUUACAUCAAUGAUUACAAUCUCGAUCGUGCUGGGUCGAGCAAAGUCAAUUUAAUGAGAUACUAUGUUGACAAAUGGAUCUCCCAAGGAGUUCCCAUUGACGGCAUCGGAACCCAAACUCAUCUUAGCGCAGGAGGAGGAGCCUCUAUACAGGGUGCACUUCAGCAGCUAGCUACAGCGCCGGUCACAGAAUUAGCCAUUACUGAACUUGACAUUGCGGGAGCCCCAUCGAACGAUUACAAUGCAGUUGUUCAAGGAUGCCUGAGUGUUGCCAAAUGUUGGGGUAUCACUGUUUGGGGCAUCAGCGACAAAGACUCGUGGCGUCAAGGCACCAAUCCUCUUCUAUUCGAUAGCAACUUCAAUCCUAAGCCGGCAUAUAAUAGUAUUGUAAGCAUCUUACAAUAG